CUUGUGAAGGCGAAAAUGCUUGCUGCUCAGAUUACCAGGAGUUUGCACCACCAGAGAUACUGGAAAAGUGUUGAUUUGGACUAUAUGUAUGUUAAAUAUGCAAGGAUUUGGAUACCUGAUCCAGAAGUAGUCUGGAAAUCAGCAGAACUUGUAAAAGAUUAUAAAUCAGGAGACAAAGUCCUUCACCUUCGUGUUGAGGAUGGCAAGGAGCUUCAAUAUAGCCUUGAUGCUAAGUCCAAGGAGCUACCACCCCUGCGAAACCCUGACAUACUUGUGGGUGAAAAUGAUCUGACAGCCCUCAGCUAUCUCCAUGAACCUGCUGUUCUUCAUAACCUGAAAGUUCGGUUUAUAGACUCCAAGCUCAUAUAUACAUAUUGUGGUAUAGUUUUAGUAGCCAUAAAUCCUUAUGAACAACUGCCUAUCUAUGGCGAAGAUAUCAUCAAUGCGUACAGUGGCCAGAACAUGGGGGAUAUGGAUCCCCACAUCUUUGCUGUGGCUGAGGAAGCAUAUAAACAAAUGGCCAGAGAUGAACGGAACCAGUCAAUUAUUGUAAGUGGAGAAUCUGGAGCUGGAAAAACAGUCUCUGCUAAAUAUGCUAUGAGAUAUUUUGCCACUGUAAGUGGGUCUGCAAGUGAAGCUAAUGUCGAAGAGAGAGUAUUGGCUUCCAAUCCUAUAAUGGAGUCUAUUGGGAAUGCCAAAACCACACGGAAUGACAACAGUAGCCGCUUCGGGAAGUACAUCGAAAUAGGUUUCGAUAAAAGGUUUCGAAUCCUUGGUGCCAACAUGAGAACGUACCUCUUAGAAAAAUCACGAGUGGUAUUUCAGGCAGAAGAAGAGAGAAAUUAUCAUAUCUUCUACCAGCUCUGUGCUUCUGCAAUGUUGCCUGAAUUUAAAACUUUGCGGUUAGGGAAUGCAAGCUAUUUUCACUAUACCAAGCAAGGAGGCAGUCCAGUCAUUGAUGGAAUUGAUGAUGCUAAGGAGAUGAUGAACACCAGGCGGGCUUGCACUUUGUUGGGUAUUGUUGAUUCCUGUCAGAUGGGAAUAUUUCAGAUCCUUGCUGCUAUUCUUCACCUGGGCAAUGUGGCAUUCACAUCUCGAGAUGCUGACAGCUGUACAAUACCAGCCAAACACGAACCCCUCACCAUCUUCUGUGAUCUCAUGGGAGUAGAAUAUGAACAGAUGGCUCACUGGCUCUGCCACAGGAAGCUUUCUACUGCCACAGAGACCUACAUCAAACCAAUUUCCAAACUGCAGGCCAUAAAUGCCAGGGAUGCUCUUGCAAAACAUGUAUAUGCUAGUCUGUUUAACUGGAUUGUCGAUCAUGUGAACCAAGCUCUUCAUUCCACCAUGAAACAACAUUCUUUUAUUGGCGUAUUGGACAUCUAUGGGUUUGAAACCUUUGAGAUAAACAGCUUUGAACAGUUCUGUAUAAACUAUGCCAAUGAGAAACUGCAGCAACAGUUCAAUAUGCAUGUCUUUAAACUGGAGCAAGAAGAAUAUAUGAGGGAACAAAUUCCAUGGACCUUGAUUGAUUUCUAUGACAAUCAGCCCUGCAUUAACCUCAUAGAGGCCAAACUGGGUAUUUUGGAUUUGCUAGAUGAAGAGUGUAAGAUGCCUAAAGGUUCAGAUAAUAGUUGGGCCCAGAAAUUAUACAAUACUCACUUGAACAAGUCUGUUCUCUUUGAAAAGCCCCGCAUGUCAAACAAAGCAUUUAUCAUCCAACACUUUGCAGAUAAGGUGGAGUACCAGUGUGAAGGGUUUUUGGAAAAAAACAAAGACACUGUCUAUGAAGAGCAGAUCAAAGUUCUAAAAUCAAGUAAGUUUAAGAUGCUGCCUGAGCUCUUUCGGGAUGAGAAGCCCAUCAGCCCCACAACAGCAACACCUUCAGGCCGUACACCAUUGUCUCGUGCGGCUGUAAAACCAUCAAAGUCUAAAACGGCCCACCCAAGCAAGGAACAUAAGAAAACAGUGGGCCAUCAGUUCAGAAAUUCUCUGCAUCUUCUGAUGGAGACCCUUAAUGCCACAACUCCUCACUACGUGCGGUGUAUUAAGCCAAAUGAUUUCAAGUUCCCAUUUAUGUUUGAUGAAAAGCGGACCGUGCAGCAGCUCAGAGCUUGUGGUGUGCUGGAAACAAUUAGAAUCAGUGCUGCUGGCUUCCCUUCCAGGUGGACCUAUCAAGAAUUUUUCAGUCGCUAUCGUGUGCUGAUGAAGCAGAAAGAUGUCCUCAGUGAUAGGAAGCAGACAUGUAAAAAUGUCCUGGAGAAACUUAUUCUGGAUAAGGAUAAGUACCAGUUUGGGAAGACAAAAAUAUUUUUCCGGGCUGGUCAGGUAGCCUACUUGGAAAAAAUAAGGGCCGAUAAACUGAGAGUUGCAUGCAUCCGCAUCCAAAAGACCAUCAGGGGAUGGUUGUUGCGAAAGAAGUACCUGCGCAUGAGGAAGGCAGCCAUCACCAUUCAGAGAUAUGUCCGAGGGUACCAGGCAAGAUGCCUUGCCACUUUCCUUAGAAGAACCAAAGCUGCCACCAUUAUUCAGAAGUUCCAGCGCAUGUAUGUUGCCCGCAAGCGAUACCAUCACACACUAGCCGCCACUCUGGUUCUCCAGUCAUAUUUGCGAGGUUAUAUUGCUAGGAAGAAGUAUCAGCAGAUGCUUCGUGGGCACAAGGCCACCAUUAUACAGAAACAUGUGCGUGGUUGGCUGGCUCGUGUGCGGUACCACAGAUCUUUGGAGGCAAUUGUCUAUCUCCAAUGCUGCUUCCGGCGCAUGAUGGCUAAGAGAGAGCUGAAGAAGCUGAAGAUAGAGGCACGCUCUGUGGAACACUACAAGAAACUCAACUUUGGCAUGGAGAACAAGAUCAUGCAGCUGCAACGUAGAAUUGAUGAGCAGUCCAAAGACUCCAAAUCCCUAAUUGAGAAACUAAGUACUCUGGAAGCAGCAUACACGUCUGAGACAGAGAAGCUAAAGAAUGAUGUAGAACGACUUAAAAUGAGUGAAGAAGAGGCCAAGAAUGCCACCAACCGUGUCAUUAGCCUUCAAGAGGAGAUUGGCAAGCUCAGAAAGGAACUGCACCAAACACAAACUGAGAAGAAGACAAUUGAGGAACAGGCAGAAAUAUACAAACAAGAAACAGAUCAGUUGGUACUGGAAUUAAAAGAGCAAAACACACUGCUUAAAACAGAAAAGGAUGAGCUGAACCGUCGGAUCCAGGACCAGGCCAAAGAGAUAACAGAGGUCAUGGAGAAAAGGUUCACCGAGGAGACAAAGCAGCUAGACCUGGAUUUGAACAAUGAAAGGCAGAGAUAUCAGAAUCUGCUUCAGGAGUUCAGCCGGUUAGAGGAGCGCUAUGAUGACCUCAAGGAUGAGAUGAAGGUUAUGGUGAGCAUCUCCAAGCCUGGACACAAGAGAACUGAUUCCACGCAUAGUAGCAAUGAAUCAGAAUACACCUAUAGCUCUGAGAUCACUGAGGCAGAAGAAUUUCCAAUGAGAACAGAGGAGCCAAGCGAGAAGAAAGCACCUCUGGACAUGUCUCUAUUCCUCAAAUUACAAAAACGGGUUUCAGAGCUGGAGCAGGAAAAGCAGUCCUUGCAGGAUGAGCUGGACAAGAAAGAGGAACAAGCUCUCCGAACCAAGGUCAAGGAGGAAGAAAGGCCUCAGAUGAGAGGUGCAGAAUUGGAGUAUGAAUCACUUAAGCGCCAAGAGCUUGAAUCUGAGAAUAAGAAACUCAAGAAUGAGUUGAAUGAGUUGAGGAAGGCCCUGAUGGAAAAGAGCGCUCCUAACGUCACUGCCCCUGGUGCCCCAGCGUAUAGGGUCCUCUUGGAUCAGAUGACCUCUGUCAGUGAGGAGCUGGAAGUACGUAAGGAGGAAGUCCUCAUUCUAAGGUCCCAACUCAUGAGUCAGAAGGAGGCAAUUCAGCCUAAGGAUGACAAGAACACCAUGACAGACUCCACAAUCCUUUUAGAGGAUGUACAGAAGAUGAAGGACAAAGGAGAGAUAGCCCAGGCGUAUAUUGGUCUGAAGGAGACAAACAGAUCAUCUCUUCAGGACUAUCAUAUGCUGAAUGAGGACGGAGAGCUGUGGCUGGUAUAUGAAGGGCUAAAACAAGCCAACAGGCUUUUGGAAUCUCAACUGCAGUCUCAGAAGAGGAGCCAUGACAAUGAACUGGAAGCCCUCCGUGGAGAGAUUCAGAGUUUGAAGGAAGAGAACAAUCGCCAGCAGCAGUUGUUAGCGCAGAACCUGCAGCUGCCCCCAGAAGCCCGUAUAGAAGCUAGCCUACAACAUGAGAUCACCCGCUUGACUAAUGAAAACCUAGAUUUAAUGGAGCAGCUUGAAAAACAGGACAAGACCGUUCGCAAACUGAAAAAGCAGCUUAAAGUCUAUGCAAAAAAGAUUGAUGAACUUGAAGUGGGCCAGAUGGAUAACAUUUCACCUGGACAAAUAAUUGAUGAGCCAAUCCAUCCUGUCAAUAUUCCAAGGAAAGAAAAGGACUUCCAGGGGAUGUUAGAAUAUAAAAAGGAAGAUGAGCCAAAGCUUGUCAAGAACCUGAUUUUAGAUCUGAAGCCAAGAGGUGUGGCAGUCAACCUCAUUCCAGGAUUGCCAGCAUACAUUUUGUUCAUGUGUGUCCGCCAUGCUGACUAUCUUAAUGAUGACCAAAAAGUGAGGUCCUUGCUGACUUCGACCAUUAAUGGCAUCAAAAAAAUCUUAAAGAAAAGAGGUGAUGACUUUGAAACAGUUUCCUUCUGGCUGUCUAACACAUGCCGAUUUUUGCACUGCUUGAAGCAGUACAGUGGUGAAGAGGGUUUUAUGAAGCACAACACACCUCGUCAGAAUGAACAUUGCCUCACUAACUUUGACCUUGCUGAAUACAGACAAGUGCUGAGUGACUUGGCCAUUCAGAUCUACCAGCAGCUUGUCAGAGUGUUGGAGAAUAUUCUGCAGCCAAUGAUUGUUUCAGGAAUGUUGGAGCAUGAAACUAUCCAAGGGGUGUCGGGGGUGAAACCAACUGGUCUCCGAAAGAGAACCUCCAGCAUUGCUGACGAAGGGACGUACACGCUGGACUCUAUCAUCCGACAGCUGAAUACCUUCCACUCAAUCAUGUGUCAGCAUGGAAUGGAUCCAGAGCUGAUCAAACAGGUAGUCAAGCAGAUGUUCUACAUCAUUGGAGCAGUGACACUCAAUAACCUCCUCCUGCGGAAAGAUAUGUGCUCCUGGAGCAAAGGGAUGCAGAUAAGGUACAAUGUAAGUCAGCUUGAAGAAUGGCUUCGUGACAAAAAUCUGAUGAAUAGUGGGGCUAAAGAAACUCUGGAGCCUCUCAUCCAAGCAGCGCAGUUGUUGCAGGUGAAAAAGAAAACGGAUGAGGAUGCCGAGGCCAUUUGUUCCAUGUGUAAUGCCUUAACUACUGCACAGAUUGUGAAAGUUUUGAACUUGUAUACUCCAGUUAAUGAGUUUGAAGAAAGAGUGUCUGUGUCCUUUAUCCGGACAAUACAGCUCCGUAUGCGAGACAAGAAAGACUCUCCCCAACUGCUAAUGGAUGCUAAGCAUAUUUUUCCUGUUACUUUCCCGUUUAACCCAUCAUCUCUUGCAUUAGAAACCAUCCAGAUCCCAGCAAGUUUGGGCCUAGGAUUCAUCUGCCGUGUCUGAAGCAAGUGUACAGUUCGCUUUUGAUCAUGAGUGUGCUUACCUGUAAUCUUAAAACAGCGAAGACACUGAAAAGCCAUGGCUGGGGUGGGGAAUGGAAGAAAGCUGGGGGAAAUAUUGUAGAUGCCCUGAAAAGCAUUGCAGAAAGCUGGAAUGCUGCGUAACUGUCUCAAGCUGAAGGCUAACGGAGACAUGAACAUUUGUAUAAAUUCACUACUCUCAUGCUGAGGUCAAUAAAAAGUUUUCAGAAUUAGAAAUUUUUCAGUACGGAUCAUUCCCUACUCCCCUACCCCUACCCCGUUAGUCACAAGCUGUCUUUUAUAUUUGAGUUUGGUGCUGGAGACAUUCUGAGGAACAAAGCUUUUCUAUUCCCUUUCCUCUGAGAUCAAAAGCUUACCGUUCUGCUGCUGGUGGGCAAGGCAAAACUUCUAUUGUACUUGGGACCACCUGAAGAGCAGUUUUCCCCAAUUUAGCAAGGCUGAGGAACAGAAUAUGCACCACUUAAGUUUGAAGCGGCCACCAAUUGCAGCUCCCUGCUACACACACCUGAUGUAAUAAGGUGAUAAUGUGAUGGUGUCAGUGUCAGUACCCUCAAUCUGUCUCUUUCUGAUUCUCAUUGAGUUAGAGAAGGUCCCUUCCCACCAGGACUCUCUGGGAGCGGUGGUUGUGGCUCCGGUGCAGCCACGGCAGGGUUGGUCUCCCUUCCUCAGCCUUUGGUGUGGUGGGAGGGGGCGCUCCAGGCUGCUCUCUCUGUACCAGCAGCCAGACACUCACUAGAGGGGCUCAGUUUUUAGCAAGCUGGGUGUGUGGCUGGGGAGUGGACCUGAGGGAGAACUUCUCCUUGGUCCACUCCCUAGCUUUGAAAGCUGAUAAAGAAGAUAUAGCUGAGAGGCCAUUUUAACUCCUUAUAACUUACUGUAAUUAAGUCAUAGAUUUGCUCAUAGACAGGGACCAGAGAGGACAGAAGAGUCCAUUUUAAAGGUGUGAUUUUUAGUGAAGUAUAUAAGCAUUUAGGGAUAUCUGCUAUCUUUUUAAAACAUGUUAGAGACUGGAAAGUGUAAUGCAAAAGGGCAGUAGAAAACAGAAUAUACCAGGCAUUUGGUCUGUGCAAACCCAUUGUCGUGAAGAGUAGUUGCGGUCUCUUCAAUGGGGCAUGCACAGUAGACAUUCGUAGUAGAUUGCACUCCAGAAGAUAAUCUAUCAAAAUUAUUCCUUAUUUAUGUCAGUGUGACAUAAAUGAUGCGAAGUAUCAAAAAAGUCUUUUGGCUUACCGUAUGGUACAACAUAGCUGUUCAUUAGUUAGUACUGUUUCAAAACAUAUCCAAGUGCUGCUGUGUGCUGUGUUCUUAUAAAUGUACAGUAAUAAUCUUUAGGCAAGAGAAAUAAGGAUUAAAAAACAACAACAACUUUAAUAGUCCAGUCUUUUAACAAGAUUUAUGUAAGAAGUAAGGAAUAUCGCUGGUAAUAGGAAAUGGUAACUAA